CGGGGGCCAAUUAUUGAGUGCAGUAGGUCGGGAUGGAAACAACAUGAUGUUUCCAGUAGCAUAUGCGAUUGUAGAGUCUGAAAGUACAGAUAGUUGGAAGUGGUUCAUUGAGUUGCUUGGAGAGGAUUUGUCGCUUGGAGAUGGUCAUGGUUAUACCAUCAUUUCUGAUCAGCAGAAGGGUUUGGAUAAUGCAAUUAAACACUAUCUUCCAAGAGUGGAGCACAGGCUGUGCACGAGGCACCUUUAUGCUAACAUUAGAAAAAGAUACAAAACCGGUGCUAUUAGAAAGGCUUUUUGGUUUGCUGCUUGUGCAACAUACCCUGCUGCUCAUCAGAGAAUCAUGAAGGGUUUAGAAAAGUUAUCGAAACCUCUCUCUGAUAAAUUAAAAAAUUUGCCUCCAAGUAGCUGGUCUAAAGCUUUUUUUGGAACACACUCGGUAUGUGACAAUGUUGAGAACAACAUGUCCGAGUCUUUCAACUCUUGGAUCCUAAAUGAAAGGUUAGUUUCUAAUUACAAUUACGUCUUAAAUUAACUAAGAUUGACCAUAAUGCUAGCAACCUUUAAUGUUUGAAUUUGCAGGUUUUUGCCAAUUUUGAGUAUGUUUCAGGAGUUACAUUUCAAACUCAUGACAAGAAUUAGACAAAACAGGGAGAAAAUGUUAGCGACUGAAUGUACAAUCUGUCCUAACAUUAAGCUCAAACUUGACAAAGCUGUAACUGCUUCCAGGAAUUGGCAAGCAUCAUGGGAUGGUGAUAGAACUUA